UGGACUGGCGGGGUCUGACUUAGGCGCGCGCACUUCCUCCUCCACUUCCAGUGCGCCCCAUCGGUGGUCCCGGCGGGCCCUGCCUCCCUUCCCCAGCCCUCCCCAAAAGGAGAGGAGCAGGUGACUUGGAUGAUGUCAUGGAGCCGGACCUGUCUCUACCGCAUCCCGGCAGCCCCCCAGAAGACCUGUGCCCAGCCCCUGGGACCCCACCUGGCACCCCCCCGCCCCCUGACGCCCCUCCGCCUGGGGAGGCCACGCGGUCCCAACCUCUGCCCAUCCCAGCCAGCAGGAAGCUUCCUGAGGAGGAACGCCGGGCCACCUCGCUGCCCUCCAUCCCCAACCCCUUCCCUGAGCUCUGCAGCCCCCCAUCGCACACCCCCAUCCUUGGGGGGCCCUCCGGUGCCAGGGGACUGCUACCCCGAGAUGCCAGCCGCCCCCACGUGGUGAAGGUGUACAGCGAGGACGGGGCCUGCCGCUCGGUGGAGGUGGCCGCGGGCGCCAUAGCGCGCCACGUGUGUGAGAUGCUGGUGCACUGCACGCAGGCCCUGAGUGACGAGAACUGGGGGCUGGUGGAGUGCCACCCCCACCUGGCCUUGGAGCGUGGCUUGGAGGACCACGAGUCGGUGGUGGACGUGCAGGCGGCCUGGCCAGUGGGCGGAGACAGCCGCUUCGUCUUCCGGAAGAACUUCGCCAAGUACGAGCUGUUCAAGAGCUCCCCACACUCCCUGUUCCCAGAAAAGAUGGUCUCCAGCUGCCUUGAUGCACACACUGGCAUGUCCCACGAAGACCUCAUCCAGAACUUCCUGAACGCCGGGAGCUUCCCGGAGAUCCAGGGCUUCCUGCAGCUGCGAGGCUCCGGCCGCAAGCUUUGGAAACGCUGCUUCUGCUUCCUGCGCCGCUCCGGCCUCUACCUCUCCACCAAGGGCACCUCGAAGGACCCCAGGCACCUGCAGUAUGUGGCAGAUGUGAAUGAGUCCAACGUGUACGUGGUGACGCAGGGCCGCAAGCUGUACGGGCUGCCCACGGACUUCGGCUUUUGUGUCAAGCCCAACAAGCUCCGGAACGGCCACAAGGGGCUCCGCAUCUUCUGCAGCGAGGACGAGCAGAGCCGCACCUGCUGGCUGGCGGCCUUCCGCCUCUUCAAGUUUGGGGUGCAGCUGUAUAAGAAUUACCAGCAGGCCCAGUCUCGAUACCUGCGCCCAUCCUUCUUGGGGUCCCAGCCCUUGAGGAGCGUCUCAGAUAACACCCUGGUGGCCAUGGACUUCUCGGGCCACGCUGGGCGCGUCAUCGAGAGCCCCCGGGAGGCUCUGAGUGCCGCCCUGGAGGAGGCCCAGGCCUGGAGGAGAAAGACAAACCACCGCCUCAGCCUACCCACCCCAUGCUCUGGCUCCAGCCUCAGUGCAGCCAUCCACCGCACCCAGCCGUGGUUCCACGGACGCAUUUCCCGCGAGGAGAGCCAGCGGCUCAUCGGGCAGCAGGGCCUGGUGGACGGCCUGUUCCUGGUCCGGGAGAGCCAGCGGAACCCACAGGGCUUUGUCCUGUCCUUGUGCCACCUGCAGAAGGUCAAGCACUACCUCAUCCUGCCGAGCGAGGGCGAAGGCUGCGUGUACUUCAGCAUGGACGACGGCCAGACACGCUUCACGGACCUGCUGCAGCUCGUGGAGUUUCACCAGCUGAACCGCGGCAUCCUGCCCUGCCUGCUGCGCCACUGCUGCACCCGCGUGGCCCUCUGAUGGCCGCGUGUGCCAUUCUGACGGCACCAGCCUCCCCAGUGCCGCCCUGCGUGGACUGGGGGUGCAGAGGGCGGGUUGGGGUGAGGAAGGAUGGAGGGCCCCUCACUCCAAUUUUCUCCUCUGCUCCACUGCCUCUGGCCUGCAGAAAGCACCCCCAUUCCAGGAAGGCCUGCGUGUCCCUGUCCCCACCAGGGUGCCCAAGACAGGGGAAGGCCCGGUGGUCCCAGGUCGCACACCCAUACAGACCGAAAGGCCAGUGAUCUGCUCUUUUAUACUUGUGACAAAACAAUAAAGAUUAUUUUUUGAUACUCCCAUGA